GGCGCCGGCGCUGGCCAGCUGGGAGGCACCGCGCCGGGGGGCCGCCCGCCGCCCCGCCACCAUGUCCCCCCCAGCCUCGGCGGCCGCGGCCGGCGAGGGAGGCAGCAGCACCUCGGCGCCUCCGGAGGCCCGAGAGGAGCAGCGACCGGUGAAGCAGUCCCUCAGUAAGUCCCUCUGCAGAGAAUCCCACUGGAAAUGCCUGCUGCUCUCCCUUCUCAUGUACGGCUGCAUGGGAGCUAUGACCUGGUGCCAUGUGACCAAGGUCACCCGGCUGACCUUUGACAGCGCCUACAAGGGCAAGUCCAUGAUGUAUCACGAUAGCCCCUGCUCCAAUGGCUAUGUUUACAUCCCCCUGGCCUUCCUGGUGAUGCUCUACGUGGUCUACCUGGUGGAGUGCUGGCACUGCUACAUCCGCAACGAGCUGCAGUACAAGGUGGACGUAGACAGUGUGCACGAGCGGGUGCAGAGAAUGCAACAGGCCACCCCGUGCAUCUGGUGGAAAGCCAUCAGUUACCACUAUGUCCGGAGGACUCGGCAGGUCACCCGCUACCGCAAUGGGGAUGCCUACACCACCACCCAGGUGUAUCACGAGAGGGUCAACACCCACGUGGCGGAGGCUGAGUUUGACUUCUCUAACUGUGGGGUUAAGGACAUCUCCAAGGACCUGAUGGACCUGGAGAGCUACCCAGCCACUCGGCUCCGCUUCACCAAAUGCUUCAGCUUUGCCAAUGUUGAGUCCGAGAACUCCUACCUGACCCAGCGCGCCCGCUUCUUCACCGAGAACGAGGGGCUGGACGACUACAUGGAGGCCAGGGAGGGGAUGCACCUCAAGAAUGUGGACUUUAAGGAAUACAUGGUGGCCUUUUCAGACCCAGAAAACCUGCCCUGGUAUGUGUCCCACUAUGUCUUCUGGGUGGCUGCCCUGCUGACCCUGUCCUGGCCUCUGCGGGUGCUGAAUGAGUACCGCACCUCCUAUGUCCAUUACCACGUGGAGAAGCUCUUUGGAUUUGACUUUGUGGCCGUAACACCAGCUGAGGAGCGCUCCUUCUGCAGGAGGAUGCCCCGUGUCAACACGGUGGACAGCACUGAGCUGGAGUGGCACAUCCGGUCCAAUCAGCAGCUCGUGCCCAGCUACUCAGAGGCCGUCCUGAUGGACUUGGUGGGGCUCUCCAGCUGCACUAGCUACACUGCUUGCAGGUACGGGGGCUACCGGCAGAACUGCGAGCGGUGCCACAGGACUAUAAGCAGCUCAUCCAUUUUCUCCCGCAGCGCCCUGAGCAUCUGUAACGGCAGCCCCAGGAUCCCCUUCAGCAGCAGCCGCUUCUCGCUGGGUCGCCUCUAUGGCUCUCGGCGCAGCUGCCUCUGGCAGAGCCGGAGCGGGAGCCUGAACGAGCAGAGCUGCCCGACCGAGCAAACCCGCCUCUCCAGCCAGGUCACUGUGGAAGAGGAGGACCCUCCUGCUUACCAGGAUGCCCUCUACUUCCCCAUCCUUAUCGUGCACCGCAACGAGGGCUGUAUCAACCACGACCACCGUCACCUCCAUCGGAAUGGGUCCUGCAUGGAGACUUCACUGUGAGCGGAGGGCGGCAAGGAUCUCCCUCUUGAUCACCGUGUCUCCAGACACAGGACUUGGGAAGGGAAGGGAUAGCCAGGAAAACGAGGCACCAGUGCCCCACUCAGCAUUUGGGAUGGAGAGGUCACUGCUUCUUGGUCUCCAGGGAUAGGCCCAACAGCUGCUGCCUUUCCUCCCAGCCACAUGGCCCCUUUGAUGUCAUGGAGGUCGGGGAGGCAGCAGGAUGGGCGAGCAGCAGCACCAUCUGUGGCAUGGCACAAAAUGACAGACCGAUGACCACAUGCAAAAAAUGGUAGAAAGGAAAGGACUGAAGGAGGGAGCUGGGUGCUGUAGUUUCAAGCUCUGACUCGAAAGGCCCCGGCUGGCUGGAAUAGUGCUAAAUGACAACUACCACCCACCUGCACCUGUGACCUCUGCCCCUCUCCCCAGUGCUGCAGACUUACUGUCUCACAGAGGGUCCCGCAUGGGGCCAAGAGGAUCAAAGUCUGGCAGCACAUUCCCUUUGGAGCAGCGAUUAACUCCUCAUGCGCCAAAGAUCCUGGGGCACCCGGGCCCAUAGAGCUGAAGGGCAGUUUAGAGGAGAUGCUUAAAACCACAAAGCCAACUCUUUCCCCCUUUUUUGAGACUGUGCUCCGACUGUUACACUGUCCUCAGCUGCUGGGAUGGGCAUCGCUGCCAGACAGCUCCUUAGAAAGCCUCAGCACUCCAGGGCCAAGAAUCGGCAUCCCCUAGGUAAAGCUUAAAGCCAAUUACUUUUCCAUUUGGGGUUGCAGAAAGCAGGAAGCAACAGGGCAUAAACCGAGGAAAGGCCCUACCUGGCAUUAGAGUGCAGUCACAGCAUGAAGCCAGUAGGUCUGGCAGGAGAAGGCCCAGCCUGCAAAGCAAACCAAGGAGACCUUUGUGUGCUGGGAGUCUUCUGCAAGCCAAAGACACCCUAUGGGGAAGGGGUGAGUUGGGCAGCUGGGGACCCCAAGGUCUUGAAGUGAGCGAGGUCUAGUCAUAAUUAAUUCAGCCAUGCAAGGAGUCUGGCGUCCAGGGAGGUUCAACUGCAGUUUACCUAUGAAUAAUAGAGCAGGUUGGCGGGUCUCCGGGAGAGUAAAUAUUACAUGAAGUCAAGCUGGCUUCAGGCUCCAGUAAGUAAUACGAAGGGAAGCUGGGUUUGGCACAGAGUUCUGAGGGCAAGGAGAGGCUGGAGAUGGGAGAGGGGUGGGGAUGUAGAGAGGCCCAGAGUUUCUGCUGUCCAUGCUGGUGAAGGGAAGAGCUGCUAACAAUCUGAAACAAUGCAACCCCUUUGGCCCAUGUGGUUACAAAGAGGGCUCCUCUCAGCAUGAUCCUCAGCUCCUGUGCUCCACGCUCCUCUCUGAAGGGUUUCCACUGGCUCCUCAGGGGACUAUCAUAUGCAACCUGCCCAACAACCUCUUUAGGUUGCCUCCCUCAUAGUACAGACCAAUGAGCAGAAUCCUCUGGCUGGCUGAAAGCUGAACAGAAACAAUCCCAUUGAUAAUAGUCUGCAAAGGCCAUGAUCCCAGGUUCCGUACAGAGUCUGCGAGCAGGUUUAUCAGAGGUAAAGGGCAGGAGCCAGUUCCCUGGGAGCAGCUAAACACCGGCAGUGGUGGCAUGAAUGCAGCUCCCUGCCCCACUGUGGGCGGAAACAGAACCUUCAACUCAGGUGUCUGCAGCAGGAAAAACCACAACAGUUCACCUUUCAGAUCCCAAUCCUAUGAUGGGCCCCCUGCAUCAACACAGAGCCCCAUUGGUCAGUGAGGGUCCACCUAUGCAAUCCAAUAGCAGGAUCAAGGCCUAAAUGGGUCACUUUCUUUAAAUUUCUUCCUGAAACUAGUGCAUGUGGGUGAGAUCUCCUGCUAGGUUGGGCUUGUGGGUGAGGCCAUCAGGAGCUGAUCCUGCAAACUCAUGCUCCUGAAAAUGAUCCUUAUAGACAUGAGCAGUCACUUGAAGUCAAUGGUUCUACUCGUCAUGGGUCAGGGUGGCAAGAUCAGGUCCUCAGAGAGCAGCAGCAAUGGCCACACGAGGCAUUUCUUUUAUGCUAAACUACAGAGGGGGGUUAGAAAUGAGGGGAUCAUUUUGGAAAGUGCUCAAGGAAACCCAGGCUGGCCCAUUACCUGGCUGCAGUAAGUUGCCUUUGUCCCACGGUCACAUCACACUGGAGUCUGAAUGCCACCGUUUUUGUAACCCUGGAACGGACUGACCACAGUUGCCCGCCUUUCACCACUUCAUAUGCACAUACCUAGAGGGAUCGGCAUCUCAGCAGGCUCCCAGUCCUGCAAACCCUUACUCAUGUGAGGAGUCCUUACUGGAAUCAAUGAGGCUUCUUGCAUGAGGAAGGAUUUGCAGGAUUGGGCCCAUAAAUAUUUGGUGGUGGGAGGGAAAAAGGAAAAGUAGUCAAGGCUGAAUUGUAUUUUUUAUAGAGAUCUUUCAAAGUCUGUGCUAGGAUGUGAGAAAGGAGUGAUGAGAUAGUGCCUCUUAGGCCCACAAACUCUGGGCUGGUUCUGUCUGUAUUGCCUUCUUCAUUAGAACAUCACCGCACCUCUUGAACUCAUUAUAGGCUCACCGGUUUUCCUAAGGCCCCUUUUCCAUUCAGCUAGCUGGUCUGUGCCUGUUGAAUGGCCAAGUUCUGGCCUUGGCCAGUGAUCCCCCCAGUCCCUGCUGUCCAUCAGCCCUGUUGCAUUCCCAUCAUCCACCAUGGCAGAGAACGGCAUGGAGCAACUCGCACCACUAGCCAGCAGCAAGCUUUGAACCCAAGCAGCAGCAUGGUCCUCCACUGCUUGAGCUAAAGGAGUAACUCCAGUAGCUGGCAGAAGCAGCAGGCAGUACCAGAUUUACAAUGCACCAGUGGUGCCAUGGAGCCAGCCCAUGCUCAGAAGGGGCCCUGGCCUGCUCCACUUGCACUGUGCUCCAAGACCCUGCUGGCUCCCCCCCACCCACCACUUGCUCCUCUUGGCCUGCCUGCUGGCUGGCCAAGGACUCCUCUCCGCUCCAUGGCCCUAUCCCCUGCUCCUCUCAGCCCCUGGCCAGACCUCAGUGCACCUCUGGCUCUGGGCAGUCUCUGCUUCCCUCCACCUAUGGCCUAUAGGGUGUUGGGGCGUGGGGGCAGCUGUGUGCCGUGGCAUGGGCCCACCCCUGAGGGGAAGGGGUACGCUGGCAACAAAGGGCUGGGCAGGCCACUGUGUGUCUGGCAACUGCUGGUUUGUAAAUAGUGCCCUGCACUGGGCUGGGCGGAGCGGGGCCACCCCUGCCAUGCCAUGCCCCAUUGCCCUUGGCUGGCCCCUCGCUCUCGGGACCGACCUCCCUGCGCCAUGCUCCAUUGCCCUCAUGGAGGCCCAGAUAUGUUUGGUGCCGUCCCCACAAAAGGUUAAUCCGGCCCUGGCAGUAGGACAUGUCUAUCCCUCUGCAGAUCAGCUACAGAAAGGAGACAAGUAACACACACUGAACCAUGCGUUACAUUGCAUUUGGUUCAGCCAGACCUCCCCCGGGCCAUUUCUGCAUGUAAUGCUGGUGUACUGCUUCACUGAUCACAGUGCCUGUACCACUCCCUGUAUCCCCGCCCCUCUCCUCAGUAACGCUGUUGUGUUGGUUGCUUUCCAGAAUCUGACAUACCGUUAGGGAAUUUCUCGAAUAAGAAUGAAUACUUCACUAACUUCCCCUCAUUUCCAAGAUAAAGAUCUUUCCCCAUGUUUCUAACAGGACCUGAGACUGUUAGAGCUGAAAGAAUUUUAAACAUCUCAUUGACUUUCCCCCCAACGCUGAUGAAGUUUAUUUUCUGUUCUGCUCCUUACUCAAUGAAAUUAGGCUGGUCAGUUUCACACUGAGUUUUCUAGUCAGUUUCACUUGUUAUCAGGUACUAAAACAAAGACUGUUUGAACUGAAACUUUUUUUAAAACCUCAUAGUUCCAUUCAGAUUUUGUCUUGUCAAACCCCUCCUCCCACUACAGAACCUACAUUUUGGGCUUAAACGGUAGUGGCCCUUUAAGAACUGGUAGGUAUAAAUAACCAGGCCCUAGGCUAUCCUGCUCCUCUGUUUCCAUUGUUGUCUGCACACUAUGCAAAGCUUCUGCCAAACCCAGACCUGGUAGAAGUGGCUACAGCUCCACUGGCUCUCUUAUACCAAUUGAAUUUGGUGGCCAGUGCCUCAUUCGCCUCUCACUCAGGGCCCAGUGCAACUCCUGUUAACGUCAGUAGAAUAGCUCCUAGUGAUGUCAGUGGGAGAUGGUGGAAUGUGCCCUUAUGCCUUGUUAGAGGAGUAUCCCCACUGAAGUUAAUGGAGUUAAAAUGGGGUGUGACUGGGGUAUGUUAGAGGGGACUCAGGCUCUCUUGUCCUUCCCCAGCUGUUCCAUUUUAAAGCUGCUCAUGGCUUAGGUUAGGCUACACUUGCUAUCUUUCUGUGCCCAGGUGCCUUAGAUCCAUGGAUUUAUCAUAGGGGUCGGCAAGUCUUUCAGUUCCCCUAGGGUCGGGGGAGCCCACAGAGCAAGGGCAGGUUAGAAAGGUUUACUUACCCGCAUCCUUUAUCGCCAGUAGCAAAACUCUGCUGCCAAACACUCUGCCCAUGAGCUUUGUCCAGUCCUUUUUCACACCAAGAUUCUUUUCCCCUGGGUUCAGGUUCAUCUUGGUCCUUAGAUAGCUCCAUUUUCACCCACACCACCCUCAAAGUGUCAUUGGGGAGACUCCUACCAGCCAGCAAGACUAGGCUUCCUCUAGAUACUGCUGCUGACUUGGCCAGAGGGUCUCUGCAGAGUGAGGGAGCCACCCACUGCCCCAGCACCUGGGACUGAACAAAGUCCCCCACAACCAAGUUCAUGUUUCAAACACAGCGUCCCCAUGUGGCACCAUUAGGCUCACUAAUGCUGCUGAGAGAAGUUUUGCCCCUCUGACUGGAAUUCUCCACCACCAAAGCCUGAGCCAAGGUUGUCCAAGAUUGCUUGAAGCCCCUCCAAGCUCUCACCCCACCUACCCCCUGUGGACUGAGGUGUUGCCUCUAUAAUGUCCCAAGCCCCUGCCAGCCCCAGGGAGAGAAAAAGCAGGUUCAGUAAUCAAACGCAGGACUCCCACAGAGCAGCACUUGUACUGGCCCCACUAAGCCACUGCUGAUUUGGGGUCUCCUUUAAGAGUAACUUGACAUCUCAUAGGCCAGCCCCCACUCUUCUUCAGCAACAGGGAGAAAAGCUGCCACCUGGAGUCCAAUCUCCCACCAUGAACUCCUCACCCAUUUCUGAUCCCCACUUUGAAAGGAAGGCAAUUAACAGCCCUAUCUCCCCUUUCCCCUGCAAAUCUUAGGGCUAGCCCUGAGCCACCCUUUACCUGACGGUGUUGGCAGCACACGGGCCAGGUGCUAGGAUACAUGGGGAAAGCUUUUGCCAUAGAGGGGAGGUUAAGCACUAGGCAUCUCAAUCUGAUGAGGAAAGGGCAGCCUGUGUGUGUGUGUGUCUCUGUGCGACCGCACACAACAAAGCCUCUAACCAGCUCGGCUCUGCAGCCCAGCUGCCUCCUCCCUGCUCUCCUACGGUUAGCCCAUUAAUAAAUCCAGCUGUCCACUUGAGUUAAGAUUCUCCUCCCCCAUCAGAUAAGAGAUUUUCACCGGGUAGUGGAGGAGUCCCCUGGGCUCCGGGGGAGGAAAUGCUGAGAUCAGACAUGCCAGUGGCCAAUUAAUCCCUUUGAAAUCCAGCAGGUUCUCCAACAUGCUGCCUUUUUUCUAAGCGCUGCCCUAAGGCAGGUGGUAGCAUGCAGGGCCAGCGCUCCGGGGUAUCUGCCCAUCACCCCUGCAUCCUCCUGCGUCCCUUUGCGCUGGCUGAGAGCCUGCUGAGCGGAUGAUGACGGGAGCCGUGCAGCCACCAGCCAAGCCACUGGUACACACUAGAAAGUACCCUGAUGGGGAUGGUCACCCAGCCCGGGUCCAGAGGGAAUGGAUCAGAGCAGCCCCAUCUAUAUGUGUCUCAUCUGACUUUCCUGGACCCCAACGAGAAGGAUGGCGGGGAGGGAGGAACUCCAUCUGCCUCUCCGGUUCCCUCCUCCCCCAGUUCUGAGUUACAAUGGAGCCAGGCAUGUGCCUUGCCUGAGAGUGUGAGCAGGGGCUAGGACAAGCCCUUCCAGUCCACGCAUUUCCCUCCCUGGGGAAGGACAAGCCACGGUCACGUAGGGAGACCUGGCUGCUGACUCUAACAGCAUAGCGGAUGUGCCACGUCUGGGCUGGGAGUGGAGCACAGCCAAGGGGCUGAGGGAGCAGGGAUGAAGACAGGAGAUGGCCUGGGCUGAGGAUGAGAAACCUAGAGAGGAUGGGCUUGAAGCAGGGACUCACAGCUAUUGCCCCCCCCCACUUCUGACAGGCCGUUUAGUCCAGCCAUUCACGUGGGGCCUCAGCUAAGAGUCCAGUGCACCCCCCUUACACCCAUAUUCCUAUCCCAGGGGGCUGGGGGGAGAGAACAGCAGCAUCCAGAACUGGUGCAUGGGUUUAUGAAGGAGUGAGGGGGCUAGUACAUGUGUGUUAAACAUGCAUUAAACAGGAGGAACGAGGAACCUACUAUGUGUCCAGUCAGGCCCACAUGAAUGGGGAGAUGUUUUAAUUCUCCAAGGGGCACAAGUUAUUUACACUGUCAGCACAAAGCACCAAUAGGGUGACUAGACAGCAAGUAUGAAAAAUCAGGGCAGAGGGUUGGGAGGGGUGGUAAUAGGAGCCUAUAUAAGAAAAAAAUCCCAAGUAUCGGGACUGUUGCUAUAAAAUUGGGACAUCUGGUCACCCUAAGCACCAAUCCUCUAGUCUGUGUGGCAGUAACCACCACUAGCAUUUCACCCCCUCCGGUUGGGAUGGGAUCCAGGGACCCCCAUGUGGCUAUAGGCUUAGCAGCAGUGUCUGAACUGGCCAGGUAUCCAUUCUCCCUGCAGUCUAGUGUCUGAUCUCAGCUAUGUCUAUGCCGGUGAUGGUGAUUCCUUUGGCAGCUCGUUCGAUUGCCUGUCUGCUCAUUUUAUGAUAGCAUGUUGCCCGAUAUCUAACUUGAUUCUCCCUGUUGUAUCUUAAUCCCGUUACUUCUCCUCCAUUGACUAAUGAGAGUAAUUGACCCUGCUUCUCUCUGGAACAUCCCUCUCUGUAUGAACAGACAUGUACCCUCUCUCUUCAGCCUUCUCUUCUCCAGAGCCCAAGUGCCCAUUUCUUCCAAGGUCUUAUUACACAGACCAUGUGCUUGCUGGACUGUGCAACUUUUUCCUGUCCAAAGAUUCCUUCCUUGUAUCCUAGCCCUGAAAAAACCCAGGCAGGGAGAGGGGAAAAGAGCAAAGCAAGGAGGGGCCAUUAUCCUGCAAGCUAAGGCUCAUCUCAGGGCUGAUUUUCCCUCUCCCAACAGCUCAGCAGAUCCCUGCAGAGUGAUUUUGCUCUCCGUGUUGUAGGUGCCUGGCGCUGUUCUCCCUGUACGUGUGGAGAGCAGAGUGGCCCCACCCCUACAGCCCAUAUCAGAACAUAUCCCUUAGUGAAGGUAGGAGCACGCUGGAGCUAGGUUGCAAAGCGAGGGGGAGGGGAAGGGUAAACUUUUCACAUCCCUGUCCCAACCAUUGCAGUCUCCCAUACACUGGGGUUUGUUCUCAGCACAAUGCUCGACACAGCAGGCUUUUACCCAUGGAGCACGAUGCUUGAACGGGACAGCAGUAAGGCCCCUUCUUUUCCCAGCACGUGAAGCAGCUAAUGUAGUAUUCAAAGAGGAUAAGGUUAAAUAAUACUCGAGCUAUUUUGCAUUUCCUGUUGCUGCCAUGCAAGAAUCUGUCAAGUAGCAUAGGCCCCAAGGUUUGGUUUUGCUAAUUAAAGGGUGUGUGUGUGGUUCAGUCAACCCUAAUCUGAAUAGACAUAUUGCCAUCAUUUUAGCCAUUAUUAUUUUUGCCUUUGAACCUUCCCCAACAGUGCUAGGUUCCCAAGCAUUUUGCUAGUGCAGUGCAAGGAAGCAAAACUGACCAGCCUCGUAUCAUUGCCUGCAAUGCAACACCUCAAACAAACUCCUGAUGAGGACAGCAGGUGAAUUUUCAGAAUGUUCUUUCAGGUUUAACAAUGGCAGGUGCUGUUGAUAAGGCAGGGAGAGGAAACUUCUCGGUAUAGCUAACCGCAUGCAUUCGAAUAUGAAUCAGCCCCCACUCCAGAUGCAUAACCUGGCUUAAAAAUGAUAGGAUUUUAAAAAAUAAAUACAUUUGGGGUUCUUUUCAUCUGCCUUUAGGUGUUUGAGCCUUUACAAGUCACAUUUUCAAGCUCUUCUCCCCAACAACAAGGACUUAGAACUUCUUUUUUUUCUUAAAUGAAAGUGGAGACCCUCACCAUAUAACGUGACUCCCGAGCUGGAGCUUAAUGAAGAACACCAACAAACACUGCUUUUAAGAUGUGAUUCUUGACAAUCCAGGGCUGUGCUGACAACCAGCCAAUUUUCACUAUGGAAAAUGUAGAGGCUACUGUUUGCUCGACUUUUAAAAAAAACCCUCUUUGCACCUAGUACUCACAAUCCAGAGAAAUAGCCCUUUGCUGCCCUUUGCUUCCCAAGUAAUUAGUUAACUUUUCAUCUUUUGUCCAAGUUCCGAUUAGGUUGAAGUAGCAAGUGAAGACACGGGUGAUUUUGCUCUACUCACUGCCUGGGAAGCAGGCAGAGGGAAGGGCACUGGAAUGGAUAUUUUCAGCGGGCGACACUCUUUAAGAAGAGCAAGAUGGCUGACGCCCACGAGUGUGGCCUUUACAUGCAGGACCCUGUUCUGCAACCGGCUUUACAAGAGUGGUCCUCUGCACCUAUGCAGAGUCCACUAGGGGCCUGCCUGUGGGGAUUCAACCGUAGGAUUGGGGCCUUAAUCUUUAAGAAGACAAAAAGGGUGAUAAGCCAAGUAGCACCUGGUUUCAGGGGCAAUAACGGUAUAAGAUCGCCCCUCUGAUUUAAGUAUUACUCCAAUGGUGAAAUAACAUCCUUGGCCUUUUGUUCCAGCCGUUCAGAUUACAACCCUGGUAAUUUCUGUUUAAUUAUCACACAAGUGAUAUUUUACAGCUGUCAAGUUUAAAACCAGGCAGUGGAGCUGCUACUGUCCUGCAGUAUACAGUGAGAAGUGCAGUAUGUAUGGUGGAGAUCUGAAAUAUUACUGCACCAGCCAGAAUUCAGAUUACCAAACCAUGGGCAGCCAUAGAGCUCCAAACAGAAUGAAUGCUUUCUUUUAAAUUAAAUUAGUCUUUGUUGAAGAAAAUAAAAUAUAUGGCUACCUGGCUCCAUGCUAUCCAAUACAUGGCCUGUGAGUUAAACAUCAGGCCAGUUGUAUAUUCCAACUGAAAUGCACAUGUUGGCAUAGAGUUCGCAUAGCCUGGAUGUGUGAUGUGUUGGGUCAUAUACAGUUUGGAACAUAGAGUUGUUGUUUUUUUCCUCCCCCUUGUGGGCACUGCUAACUUUAGUGGAUAUAAUGGGCAUUUUGGAAAGAAGGGGAAGGGAUAUAGCCAAGGUGCAAGUAGAAAUUAAUUGGCUGUGUUCAUCCUUAGUUGUAACUCUGUUGAAGCCAGCGGAGCUACACAAGGGUGAACAUGGCCCAUCUUCUCCACAGCUUCACUUCCCUUGAAUCCAAUCUAAUCAAUCCUUGCAAUAUCUAUUUUAUGCCUGGAAUUAACUUUGGGAUUUUGCUAAAUAAAUCACCUUCCAGAAUCUAACUGGUCUUCAAUGGGCUUGUGAGAUCCAGGUAUCCCUGUGGCCAACCUGUUGUCAGGAGGUUCUGCUCUCCUCCCUCCGUCAUGGAACCUAGAGUUACACUUUGAAGGGGAACCUUAUGCCCAAGGAUUUGAUCUUGUCAGCUGCAUCGAAACAAACAAAUUGACCACUGCCACCUAGGGCCAGGAGGAUUCUUCUCCAAAACAGCAACUCUUUCCAGCCAGGACAUGGCAUUUUCCACAGCAUUCCUGCCUACAAGUUCCAAGGUCUAAACUAAACUUGGAAGAAGCCUCAUGUACUUCCCCUUGUUCUCUCCAUGCCUGGUCUGUCUUUGGGGCAGCGUCUUUAUGAAGUCCAAGGAGAUCAUCUUCCUGCAAUCCAGAGCCAGUCUCUACCAGCGGGUACAUCACCCACCUAUGCAACACUUUCAGAAACUGCUGAGGCUUCAGGAGUCCAUACCAAUGUGCAGUAUGUGCUUCUGGCACCAGUGACAAGCACAACGGCCCAUGGAAACCAAUUGGUCGUUGGUGGUGGUGUUUUGUUUUUUUAAAACUUAAGACUUUUAAUGGGGAAAAUGAAACUUUAUGGGAACACAUGAGCCCUUCCAGAAAUAUUGCCAGUUCUUGGAACUUUAGGGAUUUUGUAGAUCACCCACUGUGAUUAGACUUUAGUGGACUUUGCAGAGCAAACACACACACACACACACACACACGAGGAUCACUCACUCUCCAUCAGUGCAAGCUGCUUCUGCAAUCUUAGCUAUUCACGUAGUGAAAGAAACACAACAUAGCUACAAUGAGUCAAGAUGAUUUAGUACUGGUAUCAGUCACACGAUUCUAGUGUCCAUUAGCUGCACUGUCAGCUGACAUCUAAUGAGUUCUGACUUUGGAUGGCAGCCCUUGAAGCAAUCAGGGUGAAAAAGGAUUCAAAACAUAGGCCUGAGAAUACAAACAAGUCUCCAGAAGCAGGAGCAGAUACACGAGAUCAGGUGAUAACAGAUGGAGUCUUCCUGUUCAAGUUAGGGAGAGAGUUUUUUUUAAAUCAGAUUUUUCUUCUGGGGAACAGUUGGCCCUAAGUGAUGACAUUAGAUGUGGGGAAGGGGAGGUGGGAGAAUGACAUAAUAGAUUCUAGGCAAGUCUAUGCUACAGCGCUACAUUGGCACAGCCACACUGAUGCAGCUGCACUGCUGUAGCACAUCCAGUGUAGAUGCACUGUGCCAACAGGAGAGCACUCUCCCAUCGGCAUAAUUACUGCACCUCAGUGAGAAGCAUAAACUAUGUCAGCAGGAGAGCGUCUCCCGCCGACAGCUCCAGUGUGGACAGCACAAAACUUGUGUUGCUGGGGAGGGGGGGCACUUUUUCAUACCCCUGAGCAACGUAAGUUAGAUCAACUUAACUGGUAGUGUAGACCUGCCCUUUGAGAGAGGCAUGAUGAGAUAACAUCUUUUAUUGGAUCAACUUCUGUUGGGGAAAGAGGAAACUUUCAAGAAGAGCUCUGUGGAGCUCAAAAGCUUGUCUUUUUUCACCUCUGUGGAGCUCAAAAGCUUGUCUCUCUCACCAACAGAAGUUGGUCCAAUAAAAGAUAUUACCUCACCCUCCUUGUUGCUCUGAUAUCCUGGACUCGACACAGCUACAACAGCACUGCAAACUAAUGGAUUCUGCAGUUCUGUGAAGCUUCACUCAAUACACUGUAGAGCUGGUUGGAAAAAAAAAUCCCAACAAAAUGUGUUACAGGAAUUUCUCAAAAGUUAGAGAAAUUCAAAAUAGAGCUAGAGAAAAAUCCUGAACAACUUUUGGUAAAGGGUUUUUUUCUUUUUCCCUUUUAUGCUUGAAAAUUGAAUUUUUGAUGAAAAAUUUAUUCAUACCCCUCACCAAUUUGAAAAAUUUCAACCACUUCCACUAAAUAGUCGGGCCUCAAGGAAAAAGAGAACAAAACAGAAGGAGAAAAUAGAAAAGGAUAAAGUUGUUAUAUCGGUAGCAUUCUAGAUGGGCUGGAUGAUCCAGAAUAGAUGCAGGUGUCUGAAAUUCUCCUCUGCAGUCAUCCAGGAUCUGAAAUGGUCACAGACGUGUUCCAUCAAAACAAACUGGCCUGGUGCAUACGCAGAGCUAGUGAGAUGGAGUCCUGUGCCAAAAUUUGUCAAGUUGUGGUUUUAGCUCAGAGUAAUCCAUUAUUUACUGCAGCAGUUCAGUAAAUGACAAAAUGAUGCCUGUUUCAUGGGAAAGGAAGCUGAUCUCUGGCCUUCUGUGUGUGGAGGUGGUUGUGGAGUUUCACGUUUGCUGCAGUGAGUGUAUGAGCUGUGAAGGGCAGGGAUAGAAAGGUGGUGCCAAUAAGCAUGUGGUGAGAAGUGUUUUAGAGCAUCCUAGUCCCCAUGUCUGACUGGAAUUGGAGAGCCAUUGAAUCCUUCCCCCAAUCUGAUACUAGGCAUAACUCCAUCCAAUCUCAUCUUCCCGAUUCAGCUCCCAACCAUAAUCCCACUGACAUGACCAAAGCCUGAAUGACCAUCCCACCUGCUCCCUUGAACCCCUGGAUCAAGAUGGAAUGCUGCGAUUGGGAGUGGCCUCAUUCUGCACUAUAUUUCGGCAGCCACCGGCCAUGUUGUCAAUUUCCAUUGGCCACAUUUUCCCCCCCGAGGGCUGCACAAACCUUGGAUUAAUCUGUCUUCUCUGGGGACAGCCACAAACCCACUUCUGUGCUCUGUGAUGUGACUUGGACCCAUGAGGGAAUUCCUUUAUUCUCUAAAUCACUGCAGCACAGCCAUCAUUCCUUCAGUCAUGCUGGUUGCUACACUCACAAAAAAACCUUCCCCACUGCUUCCUUCACUCCUUGAACGCAUAUAGGCAUCUAUGUCAGAGCUUUCCAGAGAUUCAAGAAGAAACGGUCCCAAAAGAUCAUGACACCAGAGCGUAAAAAGCCCUGCCAUAUUGGUUUUCCUGACCUCCAGGACUCAGCAGCUGAGAGAUAGAUACCUGCUUUCCCUGAGCAGAGGGGCCAGCUAAACGAGGCAGAGGAACUCCAACCACAUCGCUAUAGGCACGAGGGACCAAAAGGCACGAUCACCAUCACAAAUAUCGUACACAGAGAUGCGUUAUCUACAGGGCCCUUUAUAAACACAGGACCCAGUCCUGCUGCUGCUGAUGUUGAAGGAAGCUUUGCCAUUGCCUUCAGAAUGUGCAGUGUCCAACUCACAGAUGAAGCUCUCUGCCCUGAGGCGCUUCCCGGCUGGACAGAGUCAGAUAAAAACUGACUAGGCAGGCCAGAACACAGUGAGAACUCAGCAUAGAUCUUUUUAAGUGGGAGUGGUGAGCAUGCUAUAGUCCAGUUGCUUGGCAUUUGUGGGCUUUGGGGAAGUGGUGGCUUUUCAGGGGGUGGGGGUUGGCUGGAGAGGAGGAAGGAGCCUGAGGCACGGGGCUACGGAGGUUGUUACAGGACAGAAGAUGGCAUGGGAGAAAACAGUGGAAGGCAGAAUCAAAGGGAGCGUCAAUGUAGAGCGAAAGGUGUGCAAUGGACAUUCUGAAAGGAGAAGUCUCCUUGGCUAAGGAGACAGCUGUGUGAGUAACGCCUGGUGUAACUGCAAGGCCUGAGACACCUUAAUUUAUCAGAGCAAUACCAUUGCCUCCCAGGCUGGUGCUCUCAGCCCACUCUCCAAGGAACAGAUGAGCAUUAACCACAAGGGAUAACGUGGCCAGAGGCCCAGAUGUACAAUUGUUGCUGGCUCACAACUAAAUUGCCUUUCGCCUCUAGAGAAGCUAAUCCAUCCAGGCCAGAGGGGAUAGUGUUGGUAGGGAUCUGGCAGCACUUGCUUUCUGAAGCCUGGCUAGUGGGAAUAAAGCUCUUUAUUCUUUAGCUAUGCUCUCAGCCUAAUUUAACCAUUUGCAGGCAGUGUCUCUACACUACCUCACAUCUCCCCCACUCCCUACAACCCUCCCCACAUAGGACACAAGCGAAAUGAGUUCAGAGGGUUUCGUUCUUACUCCCCUGUGAACAAAAGUACCGCUCUGCAGCGAGCCAAGAGUAGAAGAAUUGCAGAUCAAGAGCGAGAUACAUCAGCAGAGCUGUGUGGGCCCUAGGACUGAACGAGAGUGUGUGAGACAGGGGGUGGCAGGUGCAGACUGAGGACAAUUAGCAGAGCUGUGUGGAGAGCUCAGGAAUGGAGUAGAAAGGGGAGCUAUCUGGCCAAGGCGAAUUAGCAGGGCUAGGUGGGAGGAAUCUGGCCAACACUAUGCAUGGUUCAGACCAGCACUCUGUCCCUCAUUUUAUGAGCAUCACAUUUGUUCACUAAUUCGUUUUUAAAAACCCCAAACAGGGUUUCAGGCUAUUCUGCGACUGGGCACGCAAGGCUCCACCCAGUCCCUCAGACUUUUUCAGCCGCCAUGGAAAUGACUGGCCGUACUCUGCUGUCUCAGGGUGACACACAAACCCACCAGGACUCGUCUUCCCCCCCGACUCCAAAUUGCCAUUCUCCAGCCGCUCUGGCUGGCUGAGUGCACAAAAGGUAGACUAAGCGGCAGUAGAAAUGCUUCCCCACCCUGGCAGCGAAUAGAGAAAGCUCAGUCUGGACAGUGCCAACCUAAUGCAGGCCAAAUGAAGGGGCUGAAUGAAGUAAGGAGUUCUGGGCAUACUCACCCCCCACAUUUCCCAGCUAGUGCUGGAAAUUAACUAGCCCAUUUCAUGAGACAUUGCUGCUCUGACACCAAGAACUUACACCACUGUUGCUCACAGCAGAAGCUGUGAGAUUUGGGCAGCCAGCCACAGAGAUACGUCCCUUCCACCGUAUGCAUUCAGAUCAGAAGCCCAGCUUGCCAUCUGCUGCUUUAAGGAACCAGCUUUUCGCCCCAUCCAGCUCAAGUGGAGGCACUUACUUGCACACUUAAAACAAACGCUCUAGUGUUGUUCACAAGAGCUCAAAACUCUAGAAGCCGCUGUUUAUGCGCCCCUCCCUCCGCGCACACACAAAGAAAUGCUGUCUCAUUUGAUUGGCUCGCCCUGAUUUUGCCCCUUUAUGCUGCUGGAUAGGGCACAAACAGCAUUUGGGGAUUAUCAACAUACAGCCAAGUGGAGCAGAAACUGCUCUCAGACUUAGGAGCUGAAGGUCAUUCAUUCCUAGCAUUGCAAUGAGGUCUCACAGUUGACCUACACCUUCAGUGUCCUAUGGGACUGUUUGCCUCCCAUAGCACUAGUGAACUAUUGCUAGUGAAUUAUUCAUUCCAUUAAUUUGACCUUAUUUCUGUUGCCGAUUGUCCAUGGCCAGACUUGGAUUUUUACUAAAUGGUUUGUUAUUUGAAAUUGUUCAAAGAUGUGUAAAUUAACACAUUAUUCACUUCUGUGGGUCCAUGUUUGGUGGGAGGAGGAGGGGGCAGUCACCCAAAUCACAUGGUUUCAUUUUGGUACCAGAGGAGGGAAGUCCAAGAGAUUUCAAGAUGGCUGCCUGAACAGACAUUCCCGAGAGUCUUGGCACAGGUAUGCAUUUGUAAGAUAGCUGCUAUAGUUCAGCUGCUUGCAAACUUUUCUCUGUUUACAGGAAGAAGGUUGUGAAUGCCCUGGAAGGCAAUUUAAUACAAUUUUUAUUGUAACCAAAAAAAAAAAAAAAAAAAAAAAAAAAGGGUUGUGAAUAUUUAAAAACUAUGCUUGCCCAGUUCUAACCACCUCUCAGGGCCGAUGCUGCCAAACAAACCUACUAUUCUUUGUGUAUUUGGUGGAGUGUGGUUUACGGUACAUUUUGGGAACACAACCGCUUCCCACACUGAACUUGUUUUCAAUGCAUCACCCUGCUCUCCACGAAGUGGGCUGCACUUGUAAUAUAAAGAGUUGGUCUUGGGACAAAUCUAACCCUUUCGUAACUGGUCCAUCCACAUCAUUGGGAGUGGCACCUGCCCCGUGUGGCUGAACAUGGUCCCUGGGCUUUUGCAAGGUUACUAAACAAAAUCUCAUCUACUUCAGCUGUGUCAUAGAAUAUCAGAGUUGGAAGGGACCUCAGGAGAUCAUCUAGUCCAACCCCUGCUCAAAGCAGGACCAAUCCCAAAUUUUUGCCCCAGAUCCCUAAAUGGCCCCCUCAAGGAUUGAGCUCACAACUACUGGGUUUAGCAGGCUAAUGUUCAAACCACUGAGCUAUCCCUCCCCACUUCUUUAAGAAAAUAUUUGUAAACUUAAAAACACCCAUCUCAACAAAAAAUGCUUAGUGGUGGGUAAUGAGUAGCUGAUGUUCUGGAGAGGUCUUGACAAAAUCUUUUAUAGCUGCUGUGGCUGGCUUUUCUUUUGUUGGGGAUAGCCCCUGCAGAACACCACAGCGUUGAUGUGUAGCUUGGAAGGGAGUAAAUAGUGUAUGUUGAUUUGCAAGGGCUUUAGGGUAGUGCUGUUGACACACCUCUAAGGUGGCCAUUGCUGCUAGUGAUAACCUCACACCGUAUCCUUUCUGAUCUAUAAGGCCAGAGCAUCAAGCAGCUAAGGGUCCCAUUGGCCUGGGGUCCGCAGGCAGCAGAGCCACGAGCGUUUGUAUCCGCUGGGUGGAGCGAGGCACCGGCGGGGAUCUGUCCAACAAACUCUUUAGUGAGCACUGGGAACAGUUUUUACUUUUAAAUAUGUCAAUAUGAUCUAGCUCUGUCUAUCUGUCUCUCUCUGUAUAAACAGUAUAUCACAAUGUUGCCUUUUCUGUUGGAAAUAUCAGAGUACAAAGAUUGUAAACCAAAUCGGUGUAAUAAAAGUUCCAGAUGAUUCACUGA